AUAUAGAAACAGAAGAAACUAGGGAAAAGUGCGAACUUUUUAAAGAGUACUAUUUUAUUUGUUUUCGAUCAUUUGAUCAGGAUCAUUAUUCUCCAACAUAUCUUCAGCCUGUGAGCCUUUAUGUUGUGGUUAUGAAAGAAGGAAUCUUAUCGUUUCACUUCCGGCCGACACCACACCCUUCUAAUGUAAGACGACGAAUAAGGCAACUAAAGGAUUAUGUUACGGUCACGCCAGAUUGGAUCAAUUAUGCGCUUAUUGACGACAUCACAGAUUCUUUUGCGCCAUUAAUUCGUACAGUCGAGUUUGAAGUUGAUUCGAUUGAUGAAUUAGUUUUGAUUCUUAAAGAAUCCGAACAGACGGACAUGUUACGUCGGAUUGGGCAUUGUCGUAAAAAAGUUUUAGGAUUACUAAGGCUAUUAGGGAGCAAAGCGGAUGUGAUGAAAGGGCUCAUAAAAAGGUGUAAUGAACUUCGGUGGGAUGUGGUCAUUAGCAAUGAAAUUAUUACUUAUGAAACUCUUUUAUAUUUAGAUCAUAUCAUUACUAUGGUUCAAAAUUUGAAUCAUUAUGAAAAAAUUCUUUCCCGUUCCCACUCUAACUAUCUUGCUCAGAUAUCUAUUGAGAUGACGCAAGCAAAUAACCAAAUUAAUGAUAUUUUGUCUCGUCUCACUGCUUUAGGAACCAUACUAGUUCCUAUGAACCUUGUUACAGUUUUAUGGGGUAUGAAUGUUAGCGUCCCGGGUCAGGAUAAAGACAGCUUAGGAUGGUUUGUCUCCAUACUAAUGGGAUUGUUGAUUUUCGCCAUCGUAGGAGUCGUUGUUGCACAUCGAACGGGGAUC